AUGGCUGUACUCUUCAACAAGAGGUAUAUCAGAUGGAGUCCACUGCAGCCUGUGCCUCCCUCAUUUGAGUUCACAACAAGCUAUCAUCUGUGUGAGCUAUUGCUCGUUGGAGAUGAAGCCUUCCCAGUGCUGGUGAGCACCAGUGGACAAGUGCUAAUUGCAGCAUCUUGUUAUGAGAAGGGCCGGAUGGUGGUUGUUUCCCAUGAAGGAAUCUUGAAGGACUCCAAGUUUUCCCAGUUCCUCAGAAAUGCUGUGGAGUGGCUCAAGCCUUCCCCCGAGGCCCUGGUUGGGGUCCAUCCUCGUUUGGAUUCCCUCUGCCAAUCACUGCUCGGGGGAGAUGUCAAAGUCCAGGCUGGGGCAGAGCUCAGCCCCUCCCUGGGGGUGUACUGUAUGGAUGCCUAUGACAGCACACGGGCAAAAGACCUGGUUGGCUUUGUGAAGCGGGGUGGAGGGCUGCUCGUUGGUGGCCAAGCCUGGCACUGGGCCAGUCGACAUGGGAAGGAGAAGGUGCUGUUUGAAUUCCCUGGGAACCAAGUGACCAGCGUGGCUGACGUGUACUUCACAGGCAGCGAGCGAGAGACUGGCACUUUCUCAGUGUCCAAAGAAAUGCUGAGGAUUCCUCUGAUCACCCAGUGA